CCGCCCAGAGCUUUCAAAACGCCACGCCGUCCACCCGCUCCUCUCUUUCCCCGCACCGCGCGCGCACCAACAAAGGAAGGGGGAAAACGCGAGCGAAAAAUAGAGUGGAGGAGAAGCAGCAGCGCGGCACGCCCGGCUGGGGAUGACGCGCGCCCUCCGCCGAUGGCCGCACAGCCGCAGACGCUAGCCCUCGCCGCGCUCCUCAUCCUCUACUUCCUCCUCGCCACGGCCGCGCUCUACCUCCGCGGCCGCCGCGCCCGCAGGGCCCAGCGGCAGCAGCAGCACCUCCCGCCGCCGCCCAAGCCGGCCGCCCCGGAGGGGGAGGGGGAGCCGGCGGAAGAGGGCGGGAGGGAGAGGCAGAGGCGGCGGCGGAGGGCGCGGAGGAAGCGGCAGCAGCAGGAGGAGGGGGAGGGCGCCGAGGACGGCGGCGGAGACGCUGCGGCGCCAUCUGCGAAGGCGGCGGGGACGGAGGGGAAGGGGGAGGCGCUGCUGCCCCGGCGGCCGCAGUUCCCGCUCGCGUCGGUGACCGGUGCGCUGCAGCGGCGGAUUAACGCGCGGUACGACGACCUCGCGCGGGCGAGCGAGGCAAGGUGCCUCACCAUCGAACAGGUUAAUGAGUUUGUUAACUGUCUCGUAGAUGCUAGAAACGAGCUGCUGCAGAGGUACGAGAACGUCCAAAGAAGCUUCAAAAUAAAGAAGGCCAUGUUAUCCAACCCUCGUAAUUAUAGGUCUUCAUAUGAUCGCCUCUUUGAACAGGUAUGUAGAUUGGAAACCGAACGUGACAACCUAAAGAAAGAUGCUGCCAUCUACAAUCUUAUUCAAGAGCGGCUUCAGACAUCAGCACCAUACAAAUUGAUCAUGGAGCUCAGUGCUAUGGAGCUGGAAGCCCCAGAAAUAUCAUUCGAGGAGUUGCUGGCUCAGGAGAAGGAGGACACCGCCUUCUGGCAGCGUAACGGAAAGCUGAGAUCAAUCUCAUCCAAGUAGGACGCGAGGUGACCAGCAACGACGAUAGAUUGCAACAUCGUCAGCAUCUCAACAUUAGUAGUCCAAACUAUAUUCGAACUGUUGGUGUAAUGUGCUUGUCAAGAUCUUGGGCGCCUGUCACUUAGUCCUGACCUUAAUCUAGGCAGAUCCAACUGUUGUGCCGUGCUCGUCAGUAAAUGCACUUACAUA